AUGUCGACCACGACAGUAACUUGGGUCACCCCGGCCGCUCAACCACCCCCUGGUCAACCUGAGAUCAACUAUGCCCCCAACUAUGACAACUGGCAGGCCCGCGUUGCCAGACGCCUUGCUGCGGGCAAUCUUCCUUCCAAGGUGCCUGAGGGAUUUCCAGAGAAGUUGACUGGGGAUGUAGUUUGGCAGGGUGCGACCCUGGCAGAGUCGUAUGAUUGGACAUAUGUCCUCAACGCCGAGCAACUAGCUGAGAUUGACCGCGCCGUUGCUCACUUCAAAUCUCUCAGUCUGUCGUAUGGUCACAUUACCGCCGACACGUUCCCACUUCCAACACUCCACUCUGAACUUCGACGUUUAUCUCAUGAGCUUCAUAGUGGCCAUGGAUUCUUUGUCAUCCGCGGCAUCAAAGUCGGGGACCACAGCAGAGAGGACAAUAUUAUAAUUUACACAGGAAUAUCUGCCCAUGUUGCUGCGCAGCGAGGCCGACAAGAUCACAAAUUCAAUGGCAAGCCAGCAGACGUAGUUCUUACGCACGUAAAGGAUCUCAGCGAAUCUGAUCCGAAUAAGAUCAUCGGCAGUCCUGCCUAUACCACCGACAAGCAGGUUUUCCACACCGACUCAGGGGAUAUAGUUGCACUUUUUGCUCUUGAGACAGCCAAGGAAGGAGGUGCUAGCAAAUUAGCAAGCACAUGGACAGUCUAUAACGAGAUCGCUCGGACCCGACCCGACUUGAUUCAUACUCUUGCUGAGUCGUGGGACAUGGAAGUGUUCGAAAAAGCCGACAAGCAGUGGAUGGAAAGACCGCUUCUUCACCUGCUACCAGCCACUGACACUGCCCCCCAAAGAGUCUCUCUACAAUACGGGCGACGAUACUUUGUAGGGUUCGGCGCGCUUCCCCGGAGCGCGGAUAUUCCCCCCAUUACAGAGGCACAAGCUGAGGCCCUAGACACCUUGCACUUCAUUGGGGAGAAGUUUUGCGUCAAUACUGAGUUCCAAAAAGGCGACAUUCAAUAUGUCAACAACCUCAAUAUCUUUCACGCUAGGGAUGGCUUUAUAAAUGAGGGAGAGAAACAGCGCCACCUACUUCGCCUAUGGUUACGCGAUCCUGAAAAUGCUUGGCACACUCCUGAGGUUCUCCAGCCUAGAUGGGACCAAAUAUACAAAGGUGUGCGGCCAGAGACUGAGGUUUUUCCUCUUGAGCCAUACAUCCGUAGUGCGGCGAACAAAGGCAGAUAG